AUCAACAGUGUUUGUCAAGCGUAAACAUUAGUUUUCUACAUCUUCUGUAAUUGACUUUGGAUUCUGCUGUAGUUUUCUAAUUUGUCUUAGUAAAAAAUAUGUCAGCCUCUUCACAAGGAGUCAUCCAAAUAGGAGAUGAUGAAGUCUUCCGCCGCAAACUUUUAAUGGAUGGCGAAGGCAUGGGUGAUGAUCGAAGAAUCAAUAUCCUUCUAAAAAGUUUCUUCAAAUGGGCCGAUGGAAAAAAUGAAUCGGAAGAAGAAAUUUUUGUAGGAUAUGAGCGACUGUUAACCUCUUUAGCAAACUGUGAGUUUUUGAUGUUUAAAUCACAGCAAGCUCAGAUUGUAAACAGUGCAGAAAUUAAUCACUAUGAAGAAUUAUAUUCAGAAAUUGAAAACAAAAUUGCUGAAGCUCAAAAUACCAUCUUGCAAAAAAAGUCUGAGUUGCAGCAGUCAAAGAGAGUUCGUAAAAAUAAGCAACAGUAUGAUGCUCUAGCCCGAAUAAUAGCUGAGCAGCCUGAUCGUAAAGAAACUCAUUCAAAACUGGAAGCUUUAGGAGAAGAGAUUGCAAAUCUUGAAAAGGAAAAGCAAGAACUUCAGAUGAGAUUGGAGAAGAGGCAUAAGCAAUUUAAAGUGCUUCUCAGUGCAGCUCAUCAAUUACAACAAAUUAUAAAAAGUGAAGAAGAUACUGAAAUGGAUAUGGAUUAAUAUAUUUUCAGCACUUGUAUGUACCUGUAAUGCAUUUUCAAAAGAAUUUUUGUGUAUAGCUUAUGUUGAAUGUAUCAAAACUGUCUGUAAUAAUGUAUUGAAUUGUUUUCAUUAAAAAUCAACAAAAAU